AUGUGCCUAUCUGCGCUACCCUCGCCUUCCUUCAUCCCUCUGACCAGCUACCUGGUCAACCUCGACCUGAUCUCCCUGGAUUCUCCCUCGCAGAGAGCGCCUCCCGACCUCCUCGACGUGUUCACAGAUCCUGCACCGACUACAUCCGCCUUGGCCUUCGACCCCGCCGCAGGUGAGGUGAUUUGGCUAGGGGUCCCAGGUCCGUCCUGA